AUGCUCAUGGACUUGAUCAUGAGGUUGCUCAAUAACACGAUGAUGUUUCCGUCACCCACCCUCGCCUCACCUCUCCACCAACCGCCGGUAACAUAUCUUUAUCCUUCGCUGGCGUCCUCCCAAAAGUUCAUGGGACGCCGCCGUGGUGCCACCACGAUGGAAUGCUUCGAGUGGCUCCUAGCCGAUGCCGAUAAGCACACAAUCUUCGUCUACGGGUAUCUGAAGCUGCCGACUGUGGUGCGGGCCUUCUGCGAUGAAGUGGACAGCAUGCCAAUAGCCCGCAGAAUGCAGCCCGCCAGGGCGAUCGGGUACCGGCUGUACGAGCAGGUUGUCAACGGCGACCCGUUCAUGGUGUUUACAGGCAACGAGCGCGACGUCGUGCACGGGAUGUUGGUGUUCGCGGUGGAGCACGAGGCGGCCGUUGCCAUGUACCGCUCCGAGCGGAUCGGCAUGGGGCAGUUCGAAAUCGUGGUCGAGGCCGAAUUCAUUGAGGAGGGGCCUGGACUGCGCGACCGCUGGGUGGGGGUGACGCAGGCGUUGACGGUGGAGACGUUCCUCUGGACCGACAGUCUGGAGACGAUGCGUUGGAAGGGGCUGCCAGUCUGGGCGGUCGACAUGUUCCUUCGGAGGCCGUCAUAUGAUACAUUUAGACGUCCCGGCGAGCUCGAGUCCGAGGAGACCAUCCCCCUUGAAUAUCGGUUCUCUGACUACCAGCAUUGUGGUAGACGGUACUUCAGCGGCGAGUGUCGCGACCAUUUCCACUUCUCCAUUGACCGUAUCCCUGGGGAGCAGGACUAUGCAUACCAGACCCGCGACGCGAUGUUGGUCCUCCUUGAGGAUGCGUCCUUUGAAGACCAGUCUCUCGACACUUUGUAUGCUCAGGCUUUAACUUGGAUCUGA